AUGUCGCAGGCAUUCGGAGACAGCUCUCUGCCAUCACAAGCCAACGUCCUAGAUUCUGCUGCUGGAACACAGCCAGUUCCUAGUCUGUCCACGGUUUCGAGGGGCAUAGGUGCAUCGUCUUCCGCAGUGUUGCCUAGUGAACCGUGGAGUGACUCCCAGCCAUUCUCGCCAUCCGAACAAUGGGCGGUGCUGCCGAACAUCGUCGGGUCGGGGAGACAUACAUCAGGUAGUGAAGGAACGCCCAGCAGCACGUCCGCGAGAGCCUGCCUGCCUGAGACGACGCCUUCUGAUCUUGACUACCGGUAUCGACGGCGAGAGAUCGACGCAGGCGUCAGUAUCGCCGUCGCGAAUGCUAACAAUAUCGACCUGGAGACUCUCCCUCCUGCAUAUGAAGACCGAGACAGGACAGAAAACCAUCUCCAAGGACAGGGUGGUAGCCGUUCUAGGGUUGCUAAGGGUGAGGAUGGUGGCGGCCAAGAACAGGAACGAGUAUGCUGA